AUGCAGGAGGUUUGUCUCCACCACGCCCUGCCCCAGGCGCUUCGACCUCCGCCUCCACAUCCGUCGAGAGCACGACGCGGGCAAGACGGAGCCGUCGUCGAGCUCACCGUGCACGACCGCCUCUGUGACGCUUGCGACCGGUCCCAGGCCGACCCAGACCAGUGGCCUGCCGUCAUGCAGUUUCGCCAGCGCGCAUCGUGCAGUUGCGCCAGCACCAUGCCCAGGUUACCUGAUGCAAUGGGACUCGCUAUUUUCAGGACAGUUUGCUAUGCAUUUAGCAAUGUUGGAGAGCUUUUCAAGGCUGAUGUCCUUGACUACGACGUUGUGGCGGCUGCAGUCGCAAGGUGCCAAGGAGUCUUUCAUGUCACCACUCCUGUUCCUUCAGGGAAGAUCACCGAUCCAGUGCGAGAGAUGUUGGGUCCUGCUGUUACCGGCACCAUAAACGCACUCAAGGCUGCGUCUGCUGCAAAUGCUCGUCGAGUGGUCGUCGUUUCAUCCAUGGUUGCUGUUGAGAUCAACCCGAAAGACUGGCCCAAAGACAAGAUCAAAGAUGAGAACUGCUGGUCAGAUAAAGAGUUCUGCAGGAACGAAGAGAACUGGUAUUUUGUUGCCAAGAUCUCGUCAGAAGAGGCCGCACUUGAAUACGCGAAGCAGACUAGGCUGGAUGUUGUGACGGUCAAUCCAGCUGUGGUCUUCGGCCCUCUUCUGCAGCCGACGCUCAACACGAGCUGCCAGUUCCUCGUCUACUUCCUGAAAGGAGGAUCUGAUCGAAUGAGGGACAAGCUUUGGCACAUCGUCGACGUCAGGGACACUGCCAAUGCUCUCCUGCUUGUGUAUGAGACACCACAAGCCUCCGACAGGCACAUCUGCGCUCCUCAUUUCAUCAGCGCCCGUGACCUGCUGGAGCUGCUGAAGACAAUGUACCCUGAUGAUUACCCUUUCAUUAGCAAGUAAA